CGUGAGUCCACGAACCGUCCAGCGUCCACACAGCCGCUGAGCCGACAGUCGUGCGUCGCGAACCACCGCGAUAGGGCUGAUUUCCGUCCUCCGCUCGCUGACCGAGGUCUUAGUGAAACGACGCCACUGCUGUAUAAUAAAUACACAUACAUAUCCGUUCGAUCGUGACAACGCAACGAACAAGGUUCAGAUACCGAAGACGGCCGCGAGUUCAGAGUUCCUGUACACUACGUACUCGAACAACGUGGGGCUACCGGCAUCCCGAGGAUAAUCGACGCGUGUCCGCGGUUCGUGCGUAUUUUAUACAAACCGCGUCUCUGCCGCACUCGUUUGAAAUAAAGUGACGCGUUAUAGCUCCGCUUUCAAGGGUGCUUGGUGAUCGAUGAUCGAUAAUACAUCGUCGAAUUGUAAACGGAAAACAAAUUUCACCGAAUCCUUUUAUAAAAAAAAAAAAAAAACUGUAACGACAAUAAGAGUGCUUGUGUGAACGUUGAUUUGUGAGAGUGCAGCGUUUAUGUAAUUUUCAUCGUGAAUUUGUAAUAAUAAAAAGUAACUCAAAAAAAAAAAAAAAAGAAUUCAAAAAAACUGUUGCUCGCGUUUCGAAAUAUAACCGGCGAAAAGGAUACGGAUGAUAAUCUGACAAACGAAGUUUCUCGUUGGCCAAGUCGAGCCAAGGUGAUAAUAACAAACAAUUUCGGAACGUCCCGUAAACAACGUAUAGUCCGAUAGGAUAUAUGACACAGUGACUGCAGGGGUCGCCGCCUCGUGGUAUCGGUUGUAGUCGUGUCGCCGUGUCGUAAUAGUACAUACAUUUCCCGCCUGCACCGCGGAUUGGUCGAACCAGAGCGUGGUGGUUUACGACCAGGUGGAUCGGAGCAAAGGAGGGGAGCAGAAGUUGUUUCAUUCAUAAAAACUUCUUUAUUACAUUCGGCGCAUGUGCUAGCCGACGUACGUCACGCUACAUCAACACUCGUUCUCGCGGUCUCACCAGCUGUAAUUUCGUCGAGAUACGUUCGUUCGCAGUUUUGCAAAUCCAGGAAUCACGCGACGUGAAUGAAUUUUCUUUUGUCAGCUAGAGCAUCGCCUGGAAAUUUCUUCGACAGACAUCCGGGGACCUCGGAUCGAGGAUAAUCGGGAUUGACAAGGUCUUCUUGACCGCCGAACGUGAACCGUGCGGUCCUCGAGGACCGUUCACCGACGGACGAUAAACGCUGUAACAACGGCCGGAAUUAGGAUGAGGGGUGACUCGGCCGUAAGACCGGGUAAACGCCCCAUGCGAGCGUUGUCACCCUCGGAAAAAAUGGAGGCGAUACAGAGGGUCCACGAUGGCGAGAGCAAGGCAUCGGUGGCUCGCGACAUCGGUGUACCUGAGUCGACGCUGCGAGGAUGGUGCAAGUCUGAGCACAAAAUUAGGGGAAUGGCACGUAACUCGUGCACACCGGACAGCGACGCUCAUUCCCCGGCCUCUACUUCUGUCAACGCGACAAAUUCCUCGGUGCCCGGUAACAGCGAGGACGAAGGAUGCAGCGCCAAGAGAAAGAAAAAUGAGACUGACGGUGCUUCGCUGAUGGAACAGCUGGACGUCGGCAAACUCAACGGCGCACAAUCAAAGAUCGGCUACGCCGCCCUGAUGGCGGGCGUAGCUGCCAUUAGACCCGACGUCAGCGGACCCAUGUUACUUCGGCAGCUCGGUCUUCUUUCAACGGCGACCGGUGCGAUCGGUAAAAAUUUGCUCCACGUACCGUGCGGCGGAGGGAUGCCAAACAGCACCGUGGUAGGGCUCGUCGAGAAUGGGCUUCAGUACACGAGGAGUGCCCUGAUAAACAAGAAACGGCAUAGCACGUCCGCGGCGGCGCCGAGCCAGUUACACACGGUCGGCAAAUCCGGAUCGGGGAACAGCAUGCCACCAGCGGCCGAGGCGCCGUUCGCUCCGGCACCGGCAUCGCCUCGCAAGACUGACGACGAUUGCGAGAAUCCCGAUGAGGUGAAGAACGCGGGCGAUUCCGCGAUCAGUAACGGCGGAAACGGCGGAAACGGCGGCGCAGCUGCGGCGGGCAAGAACGUGGACGAGGCUCUGUGGGAAUGGCUGAAGCAACAGCAGCAACUACUCGGCCAACAGUCGCUGGUAUUUAAUCCUGUCGGUAGUCAGGAAUUUGCCGGUUCAUGGUUCUGGAAAUGGUACAAGCAUUACGGAUCCGCACAUACCGCUCUUAUACCGGGGGCCGUUGCUAAUUCACCCGCCGAGACGAGGGGCCUGCUCGAUUUAAUUUUUUUAAACAACGCCACCAGCAGCGGUAACAACACCAGCGCAAACGAGGAUGGGGACGGUGAAGAGAACCUGACGCAAAACUCCCAAGUUCAACAACCCAACGGCGAAACCGACGAUGCACAGCUGCCGAUGGAAGAAGCCAUCGGCCACGGUGAGAGGUUCCUCGCGUGGCUGGAAGGGUGCUCGGAACCUUGUGUAUCACAAAUGCAAAUCAUGCAGUUUAGAUAUUUAUUGAACAAUUUAAAAAUGUGCAGUAAACCAAGGUCCGCGUUGAAACGAAGGAGAAAAUGAAUUUAAUAUAGUUUGCAUAUCGUCGUAGGCAUAGGGAACCUGCGUGUAAUAUUGGAGAGAUGGUGAGUGAUUCGUAUUUUUGGAAUUAUCAACCUGAUAGAGGACUGAUUGUUCGUGAGACGUCGAGAAAAUUAUUUUAUUGCCUUAAAUCGGUGAAACUGGAGAGCUGACACGGACGUGAUAACGGCAUCGGGGAGGAGGGGAAGGCACUCACUCCACUGUACAUAAGCUGUAUCACUGAGACAUGGAAGUAAUACCAAAAUCAGAAUAUAGUCGUGACUAACUUUAAACAUUGCUGAAAUUUUAUUCCUAUACGUCAUUAAUCGUUACCGUGUAGGCAUAGACGCUUAGAUAUGUAUGUACCUAAUUGUUACCUCGCUCCGGUAGUCGGAAAAUAAUUACAAUGAAUAUAGAUACGUCGUGCAUGCGAUCACAGUGACAAUUGUUCACAUAUUCCCAGUAGUUUAUCAUUUUUCAUCAAUACCCGACUACUUGCGGAGAUCUAUGAAUAGGCUAGAAUUGAUACGGACAUUAACUGAAGCUGGUAGGCAGAAAUCGAGCCAAGAACUUACCAUGA